AUGAGAGGCGGAGAGGUCGGCUGUUGGCGACAAGUCCGACUGACGACGUUCUGGAGGUGUCGAGGGGCCUGGCUGAUUAUCGAGAUCCACCGAUUCCACACUAUCCUGGCCGUUAAUCUGAAUCCGCGGGGUCUGGGCGUCCUCGCCGAAGCAGAAGGAAUGAAAAUUAUCGUGGCGAGGGUUCUGAAACGAGUUCAGUUUGAGACGAAUGAACCUAAACUGAAGCGACUUCCAGCCUAA